AUGCCUUCUGUCCACUGGGACAGAAUGUUUGUUGGAAUUACCUGUUGUGUAGUGACUGUGACCCUUUGGGCACUUUGUAUUUGGGAGCUCCUCAGGUUUAAAGCAGGAACUUGCUGGCUGAGGAGCAGGCCUGCUGGAAGCUACCUGGGAGUGAUGAUGGAUGCCAAGUUCAGUACGAGCCAAGAGCACGUGGUUCAUUGCCAAGGGAGAAGAGCAGCUAUGUUAUGUGGAAGCAGACAGGUUGAUGGACACUGUUACUCUCCCCUUCCUGGCACUGUUAAUUUUUGUGACGACAGUACCAGCGCAGUGAACAUUUCUGAAAGCAAUAGAAAACCCCUUACUUUUGAAUGGAUCAUAGUGGGUAAGUAUGGCAACUCCAAAGAAAAAUGUAAACCCGAUGCUGUGAAUGGUAACGCUUCAAUAGCAAUCCAGAUGUGCUCCAGAGAAGGGAAAACUUUAAAGCCUCAUCAAAUUCUGAAUUGUAAUGAAAAUCUGGACUCCUUAGUAUCCCAGGUAAUAUUAAAUUACUAUUUAAACAGCCCCAGCAAGGUUUCAGCUAUUGCAAGUAACACUCAAAUCCUCACCUCCAUGCCAGACCGACUGACCACAAAAAACUUCACUGCUGCUGCAAACGUCGCAGUGCAGAUUAUGGAAAAGCUAAAUGUUUCAGAAGACUCUCUGGCAUCUGUGGCAGUAACGGCUAUGGUGAGUCAACUCUUGGAUGCCAAUGAAACAGAAUUCAUCCACAGUAAUCUUGUCAAUGUUACAUCAAGCCUCACAAAAACAGUGGAGGAAUUUUCUUUGACUGGCAACAUCUCACAGCCCAAUGUUGCGAUCCGGUCUGCUCCACUGAAAUUAAGCUCCUCUAUGAUUCUGUUUUUGGCACAGAGAAAUACAGCACUGGGAAAGUGCCAGUCAACAAAACUAGAAAUACAGGAAAAUGUUCCUGGGCUUCUUAGUGACCUCAGUAAUGAAGUUCAGAUACUGUUCAACGUUUUAAGUUCAUCAGACAACGGAAGUGUUGGAUUUGUCCUGUAUCAAAACUACAAACUCAUCCAGUCAAGGAUUUAUCAGAGUUGCAAUAGUUUGUCUAAACGAAUCAUCUCUGGCAACACUGAUGGUGAAAGAGUGAGCAGUGUUGGAAUAGCCUUCCGUCCCAAGUACAACACAUCUGAACUGCAGCUGCGUGAUCAUGCCCGUGUCUUUUGGGACUACUCUGUCAGUGACUGGAGCACUGCUGGCUGUGCAAAAGGAAGAGACCAGUUCUUGAGAUGCAGGUGUAAUCACACGACUAAUUUUGCUGUCCUGAUGGCCUUUCAGAUCAAAUAUAAAUACGCAAAGCCUUUGGAGUAUAUUUCUUAUAUUGGUCUUGAUUUGUCCAUGGCUGGCCUGACUGCUACCAUUUCGUUUCAAAUAUUCACUAGGAAAACUCGAAAGUCAUCUGUAACAUGAAUGUUAGCGAGUCUCUGCUUAAUGCUCAUUUUUAACAUAAUCUUCAUCUCUGGAACUGAAAACCAUAAUGCCAGGAAUCACAGCAGUGAUACUACCAGCUACCACCAGCAAUACCUUCCUUGUGAUAACACCAGUAACACCUUACUCACUUCUGACACGGCAGAUCGUCCCACAGACUCCUGGUGUACAGCUGUGGCUGUCCUACUGUGCUAUUUUUUCUUGGCAACAUUUACGUUGACAGCACUCAAUUCUGCACAAUUGUACUUAUUGUUGCUUAGAGCCACGAAGCCGCUGCCUGGACAUUUCUUUGUAACCAUGUCAGUAAUUGGAUGGGAGGCAAUUCCUCUAAAACAUUUAGAAUUUGGACUAUAUGUACAAGCUGGAAAAUGUCCAUAUAGAGAAAGAUUUAAUAACUUGUGUGUGUGUGUUUGUAGGAAUAAAAAGGAUUCACUAAUGAAAAAUAUGAUUAGCACUAUCUCUACAUUUGUAGUGCUCAGAAUCACCUGGACGAUAGGCUACCUCAUUUUAAUGAGUCACGAAAAAACAAGUCUUGUUUUCAGCUGUCUGUUUUGCAUUUUGAAUGCUACCCAGGUAAAGUAUUUAGCAAUUCUGAGACUAAUAAUUGAGAUAAAAAACCAAAUCAGAUUUAUUUGUUCUAUAGCUUGGUAUAGCAGGGGAACUUGUUGGAAAGCAGUUACAGGGAUUCAGAACUUCUGUUCAGAAAGGGAUGCUAUCCUUCUGGUCUGUCACAUAUAAAACUCUUCCCACUGUACAAAUCAAUGUGGGAUUUUAUUUCAAGGACAGCACUGAAAAGACCGUCCUGUCUGAGUGGUUUUUCUUACACCAAAUCAUAUAUAAAAUAAUUUUCAGAGAGAAUAUCAGGAAAAAAAACCCUUCUGCAUUAGUUGUUGGAAAGUAACCAACGGGGAAGUAACCAGAGCUUCAUGGCUUGAGACCUUUCAGAAUGAUGCUGGAUAAAAGCCUACAGGAAAGUGAUUGCAUCUUCUUUCCCCGCACAGCCCUGAUGGGUUCUUGCAUUUAUAUUCAUAUAAAUAUGCCCCUCCAUAUAAGGC